AUGGCAACUACCAACAGGAGCCUGUUUUUUUCCGACGGGUUUGUUAUUAGCUGCGGCACCGUCACAGUCGAUCUCGCCACGUCCAAUAUCCUGCUCAUCCGCUCCCGAGGGACCGGCGAAUGCUGCCUCCCCAAGGGCCGCAAAGACAUCGGCGAGUCACUCCAAGACGCCGCUUUGCGCGAGACCUGGGAAGAGACGGGGGUGCGCGCGCAUCUGCUACCUGUACCCAUCACGACACGAGCAACCGUCCCCGCCGCGGCUGCUGCUGCUGCCGCGGCUGCUGGUGUGGCGCCGGCCGCUACCGCCUUUGUGACGGAGCCAUUGGCCGUCGCGCAGCGCGUGACCAACGGCGUUCUCAAAGUCAUCGUUUGGUUCGUCGCCUCGGCGGACUCCACUGCGACAAGAGACAAUGGCACGCAGCAGGAGGGUGAGGACUUUGAUGCCCUUUGGGUGGGGUGGGACGAGGUCCGCUCGAUGUUAACGUUUGAGGAUGACGGCCGAAUCGCCGAGGCCGCGCUCGUGGCGGCGAAGGCGGCAAUGAAAGAUCGUUUGUCGAAGGUCAUCUGA